AUGAGUUUGUCACUGGUUGCUUAUGAUGACUCAGACUCUGAGGCAGAAACUGAAAAAACUGAAGUACCCGAUACUUCUAACAGACAAAGAAGCCUUCCAAGUUCUUCUGUGACUCCUGUUCAGUACUUUGCACCUGGUAGUUUGGGUACAAAAUCUACAUAUGAAAUGCAGCCUACUGAGAUCACUGGCAGUUCUGGCACAAGCACUGUUUGUGAAGAUCCCCCUGAGCAUUAUGCACAGAGUAAUAGUGCUGAUUUGACAUCUCCGUAUUGUAGGAGAGCAUACUCUGGCCAUACUGCAUUAUCUCUGUCCUACAAAAACUAUGAACAGACAGCGAGCUCUUCAACAAACUCUGUAAAUGGCAUUUCCCAGAAGAGAAUACAUAAAGACAGUACCACUACCAUAAAAGGAAUUAGGCCCUAUAUCCCUAAAAGAUUGCGUCAAGAAAAUUCCAGCAUGCCUGAAAAGAAAGAAUCUGAUCAGAGAGAUAGCUCAGAUUGUGAUGUUCAGCUAGGCAUAUCAGGAGAACAGACUUUGAGAAAGAUCUCUGAAUUAAUUAAGCCAUAUUUGGGAUCCAAAUAUAAAUUAACUGAAGUCCCCAAAAGCUUAAUAUUUCACAUAUCUAAACACAGCGGUCCUGUUAAUGAAAUCCAGUGGUGUCCUGUACGAGAACAAAGUCACAUGCUUCUCUCGGCUUCUAUGGAUAAAACAGUCAAGGUAUGGGAUGCUGUAGAUACAGGCUGCUGUUUAAAAACAUAUUCCUGUCACUCCUGCGCUGUCCGAGCUGCCCGGUGGUCAUCUUGUGGAAGAAGGAUCCUCAGUGGGGGCUUUGAUUCCAUGCUGCAUUUAACUGAUGUAGAAACAGGGAAGCAGAUAUUUAGCAGCAAAAAUGAAUUUAGGAUCAGCGUGCUGAAGUUUCACCCUACAGAGUCAAAUAUUUUCAUUUGUGGAGGGUUCAGCCCAGAAGUUAAAGCUUGGGAUAUAAGGACUUCUAAGGUGGUAAGAGUGUACAAGGCUGCAGUACAGCAGACACUGGAUAUACUUUUUCUCCCUGAAGGAAGAGAAUUUCUUACAAGCACAGAUGCAGUAAGCCGGGACUCAGCUGAUCGUACCAUUAUUGCAUGGGACUUCCAAAGUGCUGCGAAAAUCUCCAAUCAGAUUUUUCAUGAGCGUUACACUUGCCCAAGUCUGACUCUGCACCCAAAAGAGUCUGUGUUUGUUGCUCAGACGAACGGGAACUACAUGGCUUUGUUUUCUGCCCAGCGACCUUACCGAAUCAACAAAAAGAAAAGAUACGAAGGACAUAAGGUGGAAGGAUUUGCAGUGGGCUGUGAAUUUUCUCCAGAUGGAACACUUUUGGUGACAGGAAGUUCAGAUGGCAAAGUGUUUUUCUACAACUAUCAUACUGCUAGGAUUAUUCGCACUUUGUCUGCACAUAAAGAAGCUUGUGUGAGUGCAAUAUUUCACCCAGUCUUGCCAUCGCUCCUUGCAACAUGUGAUUGGGCUGGAGAAAUCAAGAUCUGGCAAUAA